CACCUUUUUACAGUUGAAGCUGUAAGGAAGUUAAUGCAGGAAAUAGCAAAACUCCUCCUUCAACACACCGAACUUCACUCUGGACAGAAACCUAUUGGGCUGCCACAGUCCAAAACAAGCUUUAGGAUGUCUAUGACAAUGGCUCGGGGAGAGGGGAUUACUGUCCUCACUGUCACCACAAAUCCAAAGAGCAAAUGGCCCCUUUUGUGUCAGAUUCUGGGUACUCUGUGCUACAGUCCAGUGUACAGCGUUGUGUGCUUUGUAUCUCAGGAAAAGAAAGGGAAGCUGAACACCCAGACAGCUCUUGGGAUUGUGCAGAUAAUAGUUGGUGUCACCAACCUUGUGGUGGGAAUUUUGUUUGCAAAAUUUUGGUUAUUAUAUUACAUUAUGAUGUUCAAAGGACCUUUUUGGCUCGGUGGUGUGUUCCUUGCAGUUGGAAUUGUGUGCAUUCUUGCCACCAAGUUUCCCAGUCCUUGUCUACUCGUCAUUGCAGUGAUCCUGAACGCAGUCAGUGCUGCACUGGCUAUUACAGCUGUUGUACUUUAUUCAGUGGAUCUGGCGAGUGAUCAUCAGCUAGAAUGCAACCCCUACUCAAACUCAUAUUACAAUCAACGUAACACAAUUUCCCCACAGCUUCUGGAAUCAUGUCGGCACUACUUGCAUCUCAAUCAGAUGAUCAUCAGAGGACUAGAUAUCAUGAUGAUUGUUUUUUCAGUCCUUCAAAUUUGCGUGACUGUCAGUUUCUGCGUUUUGACUGGGAAAGCUUUGCGCAAAAAGGGCGGAGGUGCAAAGUCUGUGGAGGAUGCACAAAUUCACAAGCCACUCUUGGAAGUGUCCACUGCCGAUCUUGAAUUCUAGAGAGACAAGUUCAACACACAUAAAAAGCAUUGUUGUGUCAACACAUUUUCUUUUGCUUGUAAUGGCAUUUGAUCUCUUAAUAUAGUAAUUAAUUUACUUAAAAAAGAUAUCCUCCAUCUGCAGCAUCAUAGUCAUCAAAUUACACAUUUAAUCUUAAUUAACUUGUAAACUUGUUAUUUAUGCUUUUCACAGAAGUAAUUUGUUACCUUAAAAAAAGGGAUCUCGGGGCUGCUUUUUUUAAAUAAAGGACUAGAGCAUUUUGG